AUGCCCGCGGAGUUGGACCAGGAGAAAUGGCAGGCGCGGCUGAGCGAGGCGAGGAGGACGGGGAAGCUCAACGCGUCCUACUUGGACCUUCCCGAGCUCACCCCCGCGCUCGUCCAGCAGAUCAAGCAAUCCGUCCCGAGACUCCUCGAGCUUGACCUCCGUUCAAACAACCUCACCGCGCUCCCGGACGAGCUCGCGGACCUUAAGAUGCUCAAGAGCGUGAAGCUAAACUACAACAAGCUCGAGAAGAUCCCCGCGGUGCUGACCGAAUUUAGGAAGCUCACGAACCUCGAGCUCGGCGGGUGUUUGCUCACCGAGGUCGGGCCGACGAUCGCGAAGCUGCGGGCGAUCAAGUCGUUAGAUUUGAGCGGGAACAAGAUCGCGACCGUGCACGGCGCGAUCGCGGAGCAGCAGACGAUGACGUACCUGAACCUCGAGAACAAUUACCUCACGCAGCUGCCGUCGGAGAUGGGCACCAUGGUGAAUCUGGAAAUCUUGGACUUGAGUAACAACCGCCUGACGUCGCUCCCUGAUAGCUUCGGCGGGAUGACGAAAUUGCGCAACCUCGAGGUGAACAGUAACGAGCUCGUGUCGAUGCCGCCGACGAUGGGUCACCUCAGGAACCUGAAAGACCUCGACUGCCGGUACAACAACUUCGAAGAGCCGGGGAAGAGCAAAUCCGAAGGACCGGUGGACGCGUUCUUAGAGUUCCUGAGAGACGAGGAGCAGCGCAUCAAACAAGAAGAGAUCGAGCGCCUGAAACCGGUCCCGACGAUGAACGGGAUAUACACCGAGUACAGGAUGAAGAUCGAGAGCAAAGGCCAAAACGCGGGAAACGGAGGCCCGUCCGACCCGACGGACGACAGGCCGUACCUGCGAGCCGGGCAUUCGCUAACCUGGGGAUCGAAUCAUCUGUUCAUCUUCGGCGGCGCGCUGCUUCACCAGUCUCGGAAGGUGAACGAUCUGUUCGUCACGAACCUCGACCGCAUGGUGUGGUCAAAAGUUGACCCUUCCGGGGAGAGGCCGGUCGAACGCGACGGCCACGCCGCGGUGUUCGAUCCGAAACGCAAACGCCUUCUCGUGUUUGGCGGGCGCAGCAUCACCAAGAAACGCCUGAACGACCUGUUCGCGUACGACAUGGAGACGAACAAGUGGAGCCGAUUGGACCCGACCGGAGACACUCCCGCGCCGAGGGAGUCCGCGAGCAUGGUGCUCGUGAACGACCACACCGCGAUGCUCUUCGGUGGUAAGGGCGGCGGCGGCCGGUUCAACGACGCGCAGUUCCUCGACCUCACGACGCCGAACUGCGUGUGGUCGCAGCCGAUCGUGUCCGGGUCCGCGCCCGGGCCGAGGCAAGACUCUGGUCUGUGCGCCGCGGAAGGAAAGGUGUACGUGCACGCCGGCAGGGAUAAUUUCGUGAGGGACGACCUGUACGAGCUCGACAUAUCCGACCCGAAGAACAUGGUGUGGUCCGCGAUUCCCACGAGCGGCAGAGCGCCGCCCGCGUGUUACGGUCACGAGAUGACGUUUCUCAACGGGAUGGUGUACACGUACGGCGGUUUUGACGAGCUCGGGGGGAACUUGAAACGGUCGUUCCGGCUCGAGUUUGAACCGACCGCGGGCGGAGACGACUCCACCCCAGGGGGGUCGAAGCGUCUCGCCGGCACCGGCGGCCGCGCGUCCGUGCCGAAAGAAGCGUUGAAACCGGAGUGGUCGGAGAUGGACCCGGAGCUCUCGUUUAACGAGAACCGGUGCGCGGUUAUUUCCCCGUCGCACUCGCUGCACUGCCUGCAAGUCGGUUCGAUGGCGCUUGGGCUGACGACGAAUGUCGCGCCGGAGCACAGCUUCUGGGACGCUUUCAAGUGCGGGGACAUGGCAGACUUCAAAGUUAAGAAGCUUAAGAUGGAGGACCUCGCGCCCGUGAACGGGAAGAAGAUGCGCGUGGAGCACACGACAAUUUCCAAGGCGAAGGAUCUCGUGGAGAUCAAAGCGCUGCGCACCCGCCUGACAGGAAACGACAUCUUCGAGAUAAAGAUGUUGAAGUACGUGGACAAGUGGAGGAAGCAGUUCAUCGAGAUGUACCCGCACAGGGUGCCGCUGUUGUUGGACCCGCCGAACGAGUGCGGGGUGCGGAAGUUUGUAUGCACGACCGUGCGACCGACCAAGCUCUUCUACUCCGAGCUUUACAACCUCGAGUCCUGCGCCGGGUUCGUCGCGACGUAUCACGAGUACGAACACCUCGAGAACCCGAUAUUGUUCCCUGAGACGAUCCCGAGCCCGUACGCGGUGAUGGCGUGGCAAGGCGGGGACUGUUUCGACCUCGCGAUCACGCUGUGCUCGUUGUUGUGCGGCGUCGGGUACGACGCGUACGUGUGCGUUGGGUACGCCCCUCGCGCGGUGACUGAGUGCGAUCAGAGCAAGCUCGUGUGUCCGGUGCUCGAGCGCGAAGCCGCGGAGAAGGCGGCCGCAGAGGCGGCGGCGCAGAAAGGGGAGGUGAAACCCGUCGUAGAGAGCAAGUACAAGAUCAAAGAGGCGCUCGUCUUGAUAUCUCAGUACGAGAAGAAGGUAAACGAGAAGAAAGCGGCCGAAGAAGCGGCCGCGGCGAAGGCAAAGGCAAAGGCGGAGGAGAAGAGGCGAGUACAAGAAGCGUUCGAGGCCAUGGACAGAGAUCACGACGGCACCAUCACCAUCGAGGAGGUCCGUGCCGCCUUGCGCGAGAUGGGUAUUUCCCCGAGCGACGAAGAAAUUCAACAGAUGAUCGACGAGGAAGACGACGACCACGACGGCGUCGUGCUAUUAAGUGAGGUGAAUCGGAUCAAGGAUGACGAUGACGGCGACAGCGUUACCAGCGCGAACCUGUCGACCUUCGAGGAAACCGUCGUGGUCGACAGGUUUGACGGCAAGCGAAAGCACGCGUGGGUGGUCCUGCGCGCCGGAAAGCGAGAGGUUCCGGAGGAUAUCUUCGUCGAACCCUCGACCGCGCGACAGUAUCCAAUCGACGCGUCGCCGUACCAAGGCCUCGAAUGCGUGUUUAACGCGGUCAACUACUGGGUCAACAUGCAGCACGGUACGAUCGAAGGCGUCCCAGGGGAGACGAUUCGCGACCUCGACCUCGACCUCGACGACGAAGACCUGUGGGAGUCGGUGCUCGACGUGAUCGAGCCGACGCCGGAUCCGGAACCAGAGCUGACGGAAGAUGGCGAGGACGUUCCCGCGCCCGACGCCACCGCACCUGAGGGCGAUGUCAAAGCUGAAGCGGAUCCAACCGCGGACGGCGAGGGCGAGGCUCCGCCCGAGCUCGAAGCCGAGGCAGAGAAGGAGGAGAUCGCGGACGAACCUCAACCCAUCGUGGAGAUGCCGCCGUCGUGGGUUCCGAAGCUGGCGAUCGCGCAGGAUCGCUUCGACAUGAUGUGUCCGCGCGGAUACAAGAUUACUCGGUACCACAGGUGCACGCACGAAGUCUUCGCGCGCUUCGGAGAGUGCUCGCGGUGGGAUGGGCAGAUUCAACGCCUGUGUACGUUUUCUGACGACGCGUGCACGGAGAAGGAGGAAGAACGCGAAGAGUUUUUCCGCAGAAAAGAUAAGCUCCGCGAGCGCAUCGUGUACCACAACAACGUAGGCACGAAGAUCGAGAAGUUCGAGCGCGGCGCCGCGUUCGGGAUCAAAGAGCUCAAGAUCGUGCCGGACGUCGAGAGGAGGCUCGAUGGGUACGUCUCCGAGCGACUCGACGGUUUAGUGACGCGCGUAGAAACGUUCGUCAAAGUGGACGGCGAGACGUACCCUGUGAAGAUGAUCGAAACGUUCAGCGGUAGGGAUGAUCGCAUGAACUAUCGCAGCGUGACGUACGACCCGAAUGAGACAGCGGUGGCGACGAAGGCGGCGGAGGAAGCCGCCGAGGCGGCUGCCGAGGCGAGCGGGAAGCGCCGUCGAAAGAAAAAAGUCGAGGCGCCGCCGCCCGUGAUAAAGAAGAUGAGCGAGAAGUACGAUCUUCCCCCGCCCGGAGGCGACGUUCCCCCGCACAAGUGCGUGAAGAAGCGUAUGUUCAUCGUCAAAAAGGAGAUGAUCCGGGUCGAUUAUCACUACGGCAUCGGUAGGAUCACCGCCAGUCGAAAGAUGUUCGACAAGGAUCAUUUGAAUCACGAAUUCGUUCUCGUCGACCCAAUGGAGCCGCCGCCGGGGGAGAUUGAGCAGCACGAGGAGCUCCAAACGCUUCUCGUCGCGGAGAAGAAGUGCAUGGACUCGAUCAGGGAUGUGGAAAAGGAGAUGAAGGACAUGCUCGCGAACAGGACGAAGGAGGAGCAAGCGAUCGAGCUCGCGAGCCCGUACUACGACAUCGUUCGCAUCUCCCAAGAAGAGAGCGACGACGACGACGACGAAGGCGAAGAGAAGAUCGUGUUGGACUACCUCACCCCGUACUUGCCCGCGGUCAUCGCAGGACACGCGCUCACGAAAGAAGAAGCCCUCGACGUGCGCGACAAGUGCCUCAAAGCGCUGAAGGACAGGCUCAUCGAACGCGCGAACAACAUCCAACGUCGCCACGACAACGAGUCGGCGGUGCUGGCGAAGCGCAAGGCGAUCUUUGAACGCGACCGCGAUCAGCUGACGCGCGAGGACGAGGAAGCGCACGAUCGCGCGUGCGACGAGAGCGCGUUCACGCUGCGCAUCCUCAACCAAAGACUGAAGAGGCACGAAGAGCAGGCGCUGGAGAGAUACCACGAGCUCGAUGCGAAGCUCCGCGCGGACGAUAGACUCGCCGCGGCGGGUCUCACGCCUACGAGCGCUUCCGCAUAG